AUGUCUCGCCUCUUCGAGCCACUGGCCAUUGGGUCAACCUCACUUGAGCACCGUGUUGUCAUGGCUCCCUUAACCAGAUACCGAUGCGAUGAUAAUCAUUGUCCUACAUCAAUGACCCAAGAAUACUAUGAGCAACGCGCAUCCACACCUGGCACACUCAUCAUAAGCGAAGCAACUUUCAUAGCCUCUCAUACAGCUGGUCCUGACAACGCACCGGGAAUAUGGUGUGACGCUCAGAUCAAAACCUGGCGCACCGUGACAGACGCCAUUCACACUAAAGGCUGUAAGAUCUUUUGUCAGCUUUGGCAUCAAGGUCGUGCCGGUGAUCCCAGUAUCCUUGCCAAUAAUGGCUCCUCUCUUAUGUCAAGCAGUGCAGUCCCAGUCUCUGAAUCAACGCCAGUACCACGAGAGAUGACUGAAGAAGACAUUCGCAGCACCAUCGACGACUAUGUCAUUGCAGCUAAGAACGCAGUUGCCGCUGGUUUCGAUGGCGUUGAGAUUCAUGGUGCUAACGGAUAUCUCCCCGACCAAUUUCUGCAGGAUACUUGCAACAAACGCGGUGACAGGUGGGGAGGAAAUAUCGAGAACCGUGCCAGAUUCCAUAUCGAGGUAACCAAGGCCGUCAUCGAAGCUAUCGGCGCAGACAAGACAGGGAUGCGUCUGAGCCCGUACAGUGAUUUCCUUGGUAUGCUCAUGAACGACCCGGAUCCCCAAUUCCGCUACCUUGUGCAGAAGCUCAAAGGAAUGGGUCUUGCAUACUUGCAUCUCAUUGAGGCUCGUAUACGCGGGAACGAUGAUGCCGAUUGCGGUGGACAGCGAACAAUCCGUUGGAUAGUUGAGUUGUGGGACAAUGCUAGUCCGGUCAUCAUCUCUGGAGGCUUCAACGGUGACUCGGCUAUGGCGGCGGUGGAUGAAACGUACAAGGGAUAUGAAGUAUUGAUUUCUUUUGGGAGAUAUUUUGUAGCGAAUCCAGAUCUCGUCUUUCGAUUAAAGGCAGGCGUUGGUCUGGAGAGCUAUGAUCGAACUUACUUCUAUACCCCAAAGAUACCAAAGGGUUACAUUGACUAUCCUUUCAGUCAACAGUUCUUGGAUACAUCUAGAGUACAAACAUAG